CUCCCUGCCUGCUGCAGUCUUUGCCCAUCCAGACCGACCCCCAUCUGUCGCGUGGGAGAGCGCAUCAGCGUCCCGUCCGCUCGCACCUUCAGCCGCCAAAGCUACCUGACAGACUCGUCCUCCCCAGCUGUGCCAGAAUUUCGCUUGCCGCUGAUGGAUCCGCUCAGCUCGGCUCUCGCCAAGAUCAACGAGGAGGUGGAGGAGCUGGAGGCCUUUGCCGAUGAUUUCGCCGCAAAGAUGGACGCUAUUCUGAAGGGAGACUUUAAGGACGAGUCGCUUGACGGCCUCGAUCUCGCCGCCGAGAUCGAGGUCGCGAAUACAGAGCCCAUCCAGGACCUCAUCCAGAGACAGAAGGAUCUCUUGACGCGCAAGGACUCGGGCAACUCCAUUCCCUCGACGAUUUCGAGCGGAUUGGUGUCUCCGAUGCCACCUUCCAGAGUGCAGAGCCAGAGCCAGAGCCAGAUCUCUGUGGACAUUAAUCGGGCUGGAUCAUCUCCAUCGCCGCCAAUGCCGGCAAGCAAUCGAACCGAUGCUCUGGCUCAUUCUCCAGAGAUUCCGCUCAUGCCGUCAGAGGACAAGAUAACAGCAGGCGCCCCGCCAGAGAUCAAGCUUCCACCAAUCCCAUUUGCGACGUGUGAACUUCGCCAUGGCACGCAGCCAUCCGAAAACCAGCCCCAGCCGUGCCCCAAGCCCGUCAAGAAACACGAUGCCAACGACUACUCGCGCUUCGCGAAAAUUGACGAUGCCCAGAGCGACGAUGAGCCAGACCCACGGGCUGCUCGUGUCAACGGCAAGGAUUCCAUCGGUACCCAGUCCAAGGAGCACAAGGGGCCAUCUCAGAAAAAGAAAAAAAGCAACGUAUCGAGGGAAAAGCUCUCUCGCGCAGUCAAGGACUACUGCGAGUCCAUCAAGCUGCGAGGCAACAGCCUCUUCCACGCUGGAAAGUACAUGGAUGCUGUCGAAGAGUACACCACCGCCAUAUCCAUCUACCACAAUCCCCCUCGGGACCUGUUUCCGCCGCCGCCCGAAAACAGCGGCUCUCUCCUUGCCGAGCAUCGCUGGCUGUACGAGUUGGCGCUUCCGUCCGUGCCUGUCGACCCAGCCCUUCUUACCAACCGGGCGCUAUGCUGGAUCCGUCUUGGCCGAUUUGAAGAGGCCAUCGACGACCUCUCUGCAGCAAUCGAGCGGGACCCGACUUUGAUCAAGGCCUACUGGAAGCGCUGCGAAGCCCUCCGACUCUCAGGCCGAGCCGAUGAAGCGCUGGCGGAUCUUGAACAGGUGGCCGAGCUGCUUGCACAGCACCAGCACGAGGCCGAGAAAGCGCCCCUCGGCAAGAAACCGGCACCUCUGGGCAUCACCAUCGACGAUAUCGACAGAACCAGGCGCUACAUCAAGGAGAUUCAGAGAUUCACGUACAGCGGUGAUCUAGGUCCCGAGCACGAGUCCAGCAUCCGAACCAUGCAGGGCUUGCUGCAGCAUCUCGCCGAGCAGCUCAAGGACGACCCCGAGAGCGAGCGAGCAGCGGUGACGAUUGAGUCCAUCCGGAAGGUCGUUCAGUCCGAGCCGCUCUUCUGCGAGCAUUUCCGCCUGGCCAACGGAUUCAAUCUCUUGCUCUCGCCUCCAGUGCUCUGCGUGGACUCGCUCCCCUUGAUCAUGCCCAUCUUUGUGGACAUUUGCCGCCAUUCAUUCAACAACCAGCGAAUCCUGGGACUGUAUAUCGAGCCGCUUGUUCAGAGAGUGGCGCGCGCCCAGCAAGCUGAGACGACGGCACUGUUGAUCCUCUUGCUUUCGCAGUGCUCGCAACAGCCCGAUUUCGUCGAUGCCCUCUAUCGCAUGAAUGCUUCCUCGACGAGCCAAUUUGGCGCACGCCUGAUUCGACCGGACCAGUACGACAGCGACAUGCUGGAUGACUUUCCCGAUAUUCCCUACUACGGCGUCCGGCUGCUGACGCACCUGAUUCGACAUCGGCCCAACGGCCCCCAUCUGAUUCUCAACAAGUGGAAGGUGUCCGUCCCAGAGAUCCUCGGAAUGCUCGGUGGCUACAUCCAGAGCGACGCGCUUGCUGUUAUCGAUCGAGACGACAGCGAAGCCGAGUCGGUGCACAUGCUUCCCCAUCCCGAGACCCUGGUCUCGGCUGUCUGCGAGUGCAUUCAUCAGAUUGUCGAGCUCGACAAGUCGAGCCAUGCGCAAUCUGUGCACAAGCACGGGCAGGGUCUCGUGUACGGGGCUAUGGCGGCAACCCAGAAAACGGCCUCGAGAUACAUCCAGACCCGCAAGGGCAAGGGCAAGGCCUUAACUGGCGAGCGCGAUGCUGCCUUGGAUCAACACAUCAUCCGCCACCACUUGGGCUGUCUCCUGACGACCGCAUGCAACAUCUUGACCACGUACAGUCAGGCGCUGCAUGAUGGCACCAAAAGUAGCGGGCUGGCCAACCAGCUAAUCACGCUCUUGCCCACCGAGUUUCAGAUGCCCUCGCUGUUCCUGCUGUCCAAGCUUCUGAGAUUCAACCGCGACUCUGUGGGCAAGUGCCUCGACGGCUGGUGGGAUGAGGUGGCAGACCACAUUCAAGAAGCCAUGGCCCAAGCCGCCACUUUGACAACCCACAACGACGCAGGGGGAGCUCUGUCUGGAUAUUCAUCUGUUCGGGAAGAAUCGGAUCGCUACAGGAACGCAGCAGCACAGUUGUUGGCGGCCUGGCUGAUGCUCGACUCACGAAAUGCGGACCAGUGGAUCGCAGGUGGAGGCGGUCGCUGGCUGGCGAGCUUGAUUGUCCAAGAGGAAGAUAGGCGCCGCAAUUGGAUGGAGAGACACGAGGAGCCGACGAACGAUCUGUUUGUGGGAAACUUGGCUCUGUGUCUCGCAGAAUGCACAAAGAAGGCAAGCCACUGCGCCGAGUUUGCCAAGCACGAGAUUGUCCGGAGCAUGAUUCAUUUUCUGAGAUUCAGCCAAAGCAAUGCCGCAAAGAAGAAUAUGGCGAUAGCAUGCUCCAGACUCUGUGGAUUCUCUGACGAGAUCCGUGCGCAAGUGAGGAAGCUCGAUGGCAUGGAGCUGCUGCACAAAUGCGCUUCACUCUGAUCAAAGCGAUGUCGAUUGGACAGAAGCCGCUGCUUCCUUCCACCGCGACUGCGACUGCGGCCACGCGGGGAGAGUAUUCGACUGCACCAAGGACAGUCACUUUCUGGCAUCAGAUGUCUGAAGCCUACUGAACUUCCAUAGGCUCCAGUGAGCAUGCCGUGCGAUUGUUUUCCGUCCUGGUUGGCAAUCUCUUGGUAUUCGUUGGUUUGGAAAGCAUAGUCUUGAAUACACUCGGUCGAUCCCUGUGGCGAUGAUCGAC